UGAUCAUCCAAGAAACCAUUUCUUGUAUUAUAAUCUUCUUCAUAUAAAAGGAUCCUUCUCUAAACACCAAGACAUGUUAAUAACUAAAGUUGACAUGUCUCUUCACCUCCAAUCUCAUAGCUUUUCAACUCUCAACAUAACUCGCUCACCCACUCUAAGAUUUGAUGCUUUUGCAACUCUACAAAGGCGAUCAAAUAAUUUAUUAGGUGUUCGUUCAGUUAAUAAGAUAGUAGCAUUAUCAAGUAGCGGAGCAGAAGAGCAAGAAUCAUAUUGGAAGAGUAUAGAUGGGCUAAUAAGAUGUCCGGCCAACUAUGCCCCUUUGUCGCCGAUCACAUUUAUUGAUAGGUCAGCCAAGGUAUCUCCUGAUCGAACAUCCGUGGUGUACGAUGACACCACCUUUACUUGGUCUGAAACUCGUCAACGCUGCCUCAAACUCGCUUCUGCUCUUUCCUCUACUCUUGCCAUUUCUCCUGGCCAUCUCGUUGCAAUACUAGCUCCAAAUGUGCCUGCAAUGUACGAGCUACAUUUUGCAUCUCCAAUGGCUGGAGCCAUUCUUUGUGCUCUUAACACACGUCUUAAUUCAUCCACCAUUUCCACACUCCUUGCUCAUUGCCAAGCUAAGGUCUUAUUUGUGGACUAUCAAUUACUCAGCAUUGCUUCAGAAGCCAUCCAUCUGUUGUCUAAAUCGGGUGCAAAACCACCAUUAAUCGUGCUUAUCACAGAUUCCAACUCGAAGGAGCAUAAAAACUUUCAUUAUGAUUAUGAAUAUGAGGACCUUCUAAGCAAUGGAGAUGCACAUUUUCAGCCCCAAUUACCCAAAAAUGAGUGGGAUCCAAUUAGUGUUAAUUAUACUUCUGGCACCACAUCUAGGCCUAAAGGUGUUGUUUAUAGUCACCGAGGUUCUUACCUUAACGCGAUUUCUACCUUUUUGCUACAUGAAAUGAGUACUUUUCCGACUUAUCUAUGGACAGUCCCCAUGUUCCAUUGCAAUGGAUGGUGCCUUCCUUGGGGUGUAGCGGCCCAAGGGGGUACAAACAUUUGUAUUCGUAAGGUCACCCCAAAGGCUAUUUUCGAUAACAUUGUCCAACACAAUGUGACUCACAUGAGUGCAGCUCCUACUGUUUUGAACAUGAUUGUGAACUGUCCUGUUGCUGAUCGGAGGACGCUUACUAACAAGGUGAGAGUGCUUACUGGUGGAUCGCCUCCUCCGCCUCAAAUAUUGUCGAAGAUGGAACAAUUGGGGUUUGAAGUAUCUCAUUUGUAUGGACUUACUGAGACUUAUGGUCCAGGGACUUACUGUGUUUGGAAGCCCGAGUGGGAUUGUUUAGCUCCUGAUGAAAAAUCGAGAAUGAAAGCGAGACAAGGUGUGCAACAUCUUGGGUUACAGGAUGUUGAUGUUAGAGAUCCUGUCACUAUGGAAAGUGUUCCCGCUGAUGGUAAAACAAUGGGAGAAGUAAUGUUCAAAGGAAACACAGUAAUGAGUGGAUACUUGAAUGAUUUGAAGGCAACAGAAGCAGCAUUUAAAGGAGGCUGGUUUCAUUCAGGUGAUAUUGCAAUAAAACACCCAGACAAUUACAUAGAAGUCAAGGACAGAUUAAAGGAUGUUAUAAUAUCUGGUGGAGAGAAUAUAAGUACAGUUGAGGUUGAGACAGUGCUUUACAGUCACCCGGGUAUCCUUGAGGCUGCUGUUGUGGCAAGGCCCGAUAAGCAUUGGGGUGAGACACCAUGUGCAUUUGUCACGAUGAAGGAAGGACACGAGGCAGACGAGCAAGAAAUAAUAAAGUUCUGCCGUGAUCAAUUGCCUCAUUACAUGACUCCUAAGAGUGUCGUUUUCGAGGAGCUCCCUAAGACAGCAACAGGAAAGAUUCAGAAGUUUGUUCUUCGAGAAAAGGCGAUGAAUAUGGGAAGCCUGUCCUAGGCAAAGAACAAACUAAAAUGCUAAGUUUAAUACGCCAUUCGUUAAUCUCUGUAUAAUUUCUUACUGUGAAUUUGUGAUUAAGGUUUUGACAUUAUUGUUGUCGUGGCAUAAGAUAUUGUUAUUUUACUUUUGAUCGGCAUACUGGAGAGAAAAUACUUCAGUAGUUGGCUUUCAAAGUCAAUCAUAAGAACAAAUUCUAUGAAUAUGAAUUUAACAAACUUUUAUAUUAAAUAUGAG